AUGGUAAGAGUCAUAGACAUUAUAUUUGAUUCCUUCAGUAUCAAAGUUGUGCCACUUGUGGCUUUAUCAACAGGGAAGCUCAGUAGAGACAGGGCUCAGGGGCUUCUACUGGGCUCUGGCCGUGUAGGAUCACCUGUAGAACUCUGCCAAAGGAAAAAGCAAAAGACUGCAGGGAGUCAGGAAGCCAGAGCAGAGAAGAUCAGCAAGACCCCGGUUCCCGAAAGAGCUCCAAAAUGUAAACUGGAUCUCCAGUUUGCAUCUGUCUUCAUUGGCUGUCUUGCAGCUGUCAUUAGUGGUAUGAUGCAUGUUUUCUACUUAUCAGCAUACCAUGAACGGAAAUUCUGGUUUUCCAACAGGCAGGAACUUGAACGAGAAAUCACAUUUCAGGGUGACAGUGCUGUUUAUUACUCCUAUUAUAAAGACAUGUUAAAGGCGCCUUCAUUUGAAAGAGGUGUGUACGAGCUGACGCACAAUAACAGAACUGUCUCCCUGAAGACGAUCAAUGCAGUGCAGCAGAUGUCACUGUAUCCAGAGCUUAUUGCCAGUGUUCUCUAUCAAGCAACUGGGAGCAAUGAAAUGAUUGAACCAGUAUAUUUCUACAUUGGAAUUGUUUUUGGAUUACAAGGAAUAUAUGUUACAGCUUUAUUUGUUACAAGUUGACUUAUGAGUGGCACAUGGUUAGCAGGAAUGCUUACUGUUGCGUGGUUCCUAAUUAACAGGGUAGAUACAACAAGAAUCGAAUACUCCAUUCCUUUAAGAGAAAACUGGGCUCUACCUUACUUUGCAUGCCAAGUUGCUGCACUUACAGGGUAUUUAAAAAGAAACUUAAAUACUUAUGCAGAGAGGUUUUGCUACCUGUUGAUGAGCGCCUCGACGUACACUUUCAUGAUGGCAUGGGAGUACAGCCACUAUGUCUUGUUUCUCCAAGCAGUAUCUCUGCUGCUGCUGGACGUCUUCGCAGAGGAACAAGGUGACAAGGUUUAUGAAGUAUAUAAGAUCUACAUAUUUUCUCUCUUCCUUGGGUAUUUACUACAGUUUGAGAAUCCAGCUUUAUUGGUGUCUCCUUUAUUAAGUUUAGUAGGCUCAUUAAUGCUUAUUAAGUGCCUUCAGCUGAAUGGGAAAAAAGGAACUUUUGUAGCUAAAGUAAUCAAAGUGUUUAAGUUUUACUUGGUAUGUACUCUGCCACUGACCUUGAAUUUGAUAAUGAAGACAUUUGUCCCACACAAAGAAAAUGAGCAUGUGCUGAAGUUUCUUGAAGUGAAAUUUGGACUGAAUGUGACUAAGAAUUUUACACUGAACUGGCUGCUCUGUCAAGAAUCUCUCCAAGCACCAUCUCAGGAUUUUUUUUUACGAUUGACACAAUCUUCCCUAUUACCAUUCUAUAUUUUAGUGUUAAUCAUUUGUCUUCUGUCUAUGACACAAGUUAUUUUUAGGAGGAUAAAUGGUAAAUCCCAGAAAGAAACUGUAACUCUUGAAGAUGGAAGAAUUGGAGAAAGGCCAGAAAUAAUUUAUCAUGUAAUUCAUACUCUUAUCCUGGGUUCUCUUUCAAUGCUCAUGGAAGGCUUGAAAUUCAUUUGGACUCCUUAUGUGUGCAUGUUAGCAGCUUUUGGUGUGUGUUCUCCUGAACUUUGGAUGACACUUUUAAAGUGGCUUCGAUUAAGAACUGUACACCCAAUAUUGUUGGCUCUUAUUCUGAGCAUGGCUGUGCCCACUAUUAUAGGUCUAAGUUUGUGGAAAGAGUUUUUUCCAAGAUUAAUUACAGAAUUAACAGAACUACAGGAAUUCUAUGAUCCAGAUACAGUGGAACUUAUGACCUGGAUAAAGAGGCAAGCCCCAGUUGCAGCUGUGUUUGCAGGAAGUCCACAGUUAAUGGGUGUGAUUAAGCUGUGUACUGGGUGGAUGGUGACGAGCCUGCCACUUUAUAGUGAUGAUGACCUUCUUAGGAGAAAUGAAAACAUUUACCAGAUCUAUUCAAAGCGAUCUGCUGAGGACAUUUAUAAAAUACUGACAUCUUAUAAAGCUAACUACCUAAUUGUAGAAGAUGCCAUCUGCAAUGAGAUGGGAACCACGAGAGGCUGCAGGGUUAAGGACUUAUUAGAUGUUGCCAAUGGACAUGUGGUUUGUGAUGAAGGUGACAAAUUAACCUAUUCAAAGUAUGGACGGUUUUGUCAUGAGGUCAAAAUUAACUAUUCUCCAUAUGUGAAUUAUUUCACUCGAGUGUACUGGAACAGAUCCUACUUUGUAUAUAAAGUCAACACUGUGAUAUCCUUCCAGUCUUGAAAAUUACAGCCUUCCCUUCAGAGACCUGCUACUUGAAGUAAAAUGCAAUUUUCUGGACCUACACGGAGUCUUGCAAAAAGACUAUGGAAUCUGGAAUGCUGCUGCUCUUCCCAUGCCUGCUGCUGAUUCUUGGGUUUAGGGUUCUGUUGGCAGUAGAAGAUCAGAUAUCGCUGUCUUUAGUAAAAUCUCAAGUCCACUGCUUCAACCUUCUUGACAGGUUUUACUUACUUACUACAUGAUUUAAAGAUUUCCCUGUUGCAUCAUCUCCUCAUAAAUCUUAUCUGUCAUAAUAUAGGUCUUUAAUUUGGAUAUUUUUCAGGGUCAGUGUUUACUUCAAAAACAUAAUUUUUAAUGAGUACUUAAUGUGAUUUAAUUCUGUAGUAGAAGAGAAAAUUCUCCAAGCAAGUUUGUAACAGUUAUAAAUUUUUUACAACUAAAAGUAAUUUAAAUGUUAGUUAAAAAUAUGUGACAUUUAAAUUAAAAGGGAAAUAACAUAAAGGAAAGUGAUUGUUUUUAUGAUACUGUUCCUGUCAUCUGCUGCUCAAGUGACUUAGCAGGUUCUUAGCAAUACAUAGGAUGAAUUAGUACUUUAAUUACUCCAUAACUAUUAAGUGAUUGCCUUUUCUCACUUAUGCCCAUUAAGUUAACAAUUUAAUCAUGCUAAAACAAUAACUUAUGUUUGUUUAUAUAUAUAUAUAUAUAUAUGUGUGUGUGUGUGUGUGUAUACAUGUAUAUGUGUGUAUAUACAUACUGACACAUAUACAUGGACAUAUAUGCAUACACAUAUAUAUGUAUAUAUAUGGACAAUUUAAAAGAAUUUUGUAGGGUUUUUUUGCCUGUGGAGUAUACAGUUCUAAUCACACGUUUUCUAUGGACACAAUAAGUAAAAAUAAUUAACACUGUCACAGUAAUAAUAUGUAGACUACCGUGGGCACCAGUUUCUGGAGGAGUCUGCAGAUGCUUUUAAACACACCUCUGCAUAUAGGUGUAUUGGCUAUAAACUAUAACCAGUAAAGUGAUAUUAUUCGUGAAACAAUACAUGCUUAACAGCAAGAGCAAAACGAGGGUUAAAUAAAAUUUUCAACAAUUCACAGUAUAAAUGCUAUAUUCCUUUAUAUUCCUUUGUGUAUUUUCAGUUUUAUAUCACUAAAAGAAAUUCUAAGCCAGUGUAGUGACUUGUGCCUUUAAUCCCAGCAUAUGGGAAGCAAAGGCAGGUAGAUUUCUGUGAAUUCCAGGACAACCAGAGUUGUCUUUGGAGAGGGGGAAAAAUUGUAAAUUAAUUUGUCCUCUUAAAGAGAUUUAAGAUGCCUUUAAUCCCACCACUUAGAGGCAGAGUCGGGUGGAUCUCUGUGAAUUUGAGGCCAACCUGGUCUACAAAGCAAGUUCCAGGACAGCCAGGAUUGUUACACAGAGUAACCCUGUCUUGAAAAAAACCAAAAAGAAAAAAAGAGAGAGAGAGCUUCAGGAAAGAUGAAGCCUGUAGAUAAAUGGUUUUUAAUAAAAUGAAUAUUUAAUUUUCUAUUAUACAUUUGUUCUGUGAACAGUUUCUCUAACUUUUUAUUUGUUAUAGUGCUAUAAGAUUGCAUUUUCGGCAUUGGUGGUGCCGCCUUUAUUCCCAGCACUAGGGAGGCAGAGGCAGGCAAAUCUGUGUGAGUUCAAGGCCAGCCUGAUCUCCAGAGCGAGUGCCAGGAUAGGCUCCAAAGCUACACAGAGAAACCCUGUCUCGAAAAACCAAAAAAAAAAAAAAAAAAAAAGAUUGCAUUUUCAGAACUCCAAAUUACCACAUCGGGAGGCAAAAUACUUCCUUUCUUUGUGUGAUACAUAUGUACAUAUAUUUUUUUUUCAAGUAUGUGCACUUAGAAUAACUUUAAGAUGCUUUACCAUUGUGGAGCUUUACUGACAUCUGUCAUACCUUCUAGUUAGAGCAGUGGUCCCGUUCAUUCUUCUACAUCCUUAUUGUAACUAUAGAAAAGCAGCUAUAGCAAUGGAUCUCAGACUGACUCUGAACACCUUGAUAGCC